GGCAGUUUGGAAUAAGCWGAGUUCCCCACCAACAGAUUCCCUCCCGCUGAAACGAUGUUUGCAGACCUGGACUAUGACAUUGAAGAAGAUAAACUUGGGAUACCCACUGUUCCUGGGACAGUAACCUUGAGGAAGGACUCCCAGAAUCUGAUCGGGAUCAGCAUUGGGGGGGGAGCACAGUACUGCCCCUGUCUCUAUAUUGUCCAGGUAUUUGAUAACACUCCAGCAGCCCUAGAUGGAACAGUAGCAGCUGGUGAUGAGAUCACGGGAGUGAAUGGGAAGUCUGUCAAAGGGAAGACCAAGGUGGAGGUGGCCAAGAUGAUACAGAUGGUAAAGGGAGAAGUGACRAUUCAUUACAACAAGCUUCAGGCUGACCCAAAGCAGGGCAAGUCCUUGGAUAUUGUCUUGAAGAAGGUAAAGCACCGACUGGUAGAGAACAUGAGCUCAGGGACAGCAGAUGCCCUGGGAUUAAGCCGAGCCAUACUUUGCAAUGAUGGAUUGGUAAAGAGAUUGGAAGAGCUGGAAAGGACUGCAGAGUUAUACAAAGGCUUGACAGAACACACCAAGAGUCUUCUUAGAGCUUUCUUUGAACUGUCCCAGACACAUAGAGCAUUUGGAGAUGUUUUCUCUGUCAUUGGUGUACGGGAGCCACAACCAGCUGCUAGCGAAGCCUUUGUGAAAUUUGCUGAUGCCCAUCGCAACAUUGAGAAGUUUGGGAUUCGCCUUCUGAAAACAAUUAAACCGAUGCUGACUGAUUUGAACACCUACCUGAAUAAAGCCAUUCCUGACACGAGACUGACUAUCAAAAAGUACCUGGAUGUCAAGUUUGAAUAUUUGUCUUACUGCCUGAAAGUCAAGGAGAUGGACGAUGAGGAAUACAGCUCCAUUGCCUUGGGCGAACCCCUCUACAGGGUGAGCACUGGCAAUUACGAAUACCGCCUUGUGCUGCGGUGCCGCCAGGAAGCCCGCACGCGCUUUGCCAAGAUGAGGAAGGACGUGCUAGAGAAAAUUGAACUCCUGGACCAGAAACACGUGCAGGACAUCGUGUUUCAGCUCCAGCGUUUUGUUUCCACCAUGUCCAAGUACUACGACGACUGCUAYGUUGUGCUCCGAGACGCGGAUGUCUUUCCCAUUGAGGUGGACCUUGCCCGCACUACCCUCAACUAUGGGCAGAAGGACGUGUACACAGAUGGGGCAGAAGAGGAAGAAGGAGGAGGAGGCAGUGAAGAAGACAGUAGCAGGAAAGAGGACACAAAUGGUGAAAAGCUGAUUGAUGAUGCCUGAAUGUGCCAGCAUGACUACAGGAGAAAACUUGCAGACUGAUAUAAAAAACAUGUAUUUCACAUGGCAAUUCAUCCUCCGUGACUUUCUGUGUAUGUCCAGCCUGGGAUUCCUCCGCUGCUUUGGGUGGGGGUAGCUGGUUGGACUGGGACCAGCCUUUGCUUUCCCUCCUCGUCCCUUGCUUGUUUGCCUGGAUGUUUCCUUUUUUCCCACCACAGACUUCUGUUGCCCAACUCGGAUGCUGAGGUGUGGGGAGGACAAUCUCCUGCCCCAUUGCCAUGUGACUCCACGUGCAGACAGGACACUGCUGAGUGUGUGAGAUGCACCACUCUCCUUCAGCAAGUGGAAGCCAAUUUAAAAAAAAAAAAAAGAGAGGUGGCUACAAAUGGCAAGGACAGCCCCCUCCUGUCUUCCCCUUAGACUGUAGGAAAGUGUCAGCACCAGCAUCCUUUCCUUCACUGCGUUGCUGACUGCUCUGGACAUUCCCACUCUGGCCUAUACUCAUUUUCCUCAGUCGUGUCCAUCUGUCCUCAUGAGAUCCAGGGCAGGCUCUUGUAGGAUGACACUCUCACUGCUCCCAGCUCUCUCUGUCUAUAAGAAAGAGGAGCAAGUCCAAACUGAUGGUUAGAACUAGUGGUUGAGCACAUGUGAUGAAAUCUUCUUCCUCCGAGGUCCUGGGGGAACUUGUCAAAGUAGAGGUCAGUGGAAGUGGCUACCUGGCUGCUGCAGUCCUACUGCAAGGAUGUAAAAGUCCUUCCCUGUCCAGCUCUUUUCCUGCCUACCAUCUUCUUCAGAGUCCCUGAGCUGCAUUGCUGCAUUGUCUGCACACUGCCUAGUUUCCCCCCCAGAGCUAGAGUCCUCUGAGUUGUGGCUAUGCCCUCCCAUAUGGAAAGCAGGGAAGUGGCCCAGGAAGGAGCCCUCCCAGUCAGCUGAGACACUUGGGCAGAUGCAUUUUUUUCAGAAAUCCAUUUGCCUCAGAUCUGCACAGCAAAGCAGUGUGUGCUUCCUUUCCAUUAUUCUCCCCUCUCACGGCUGCUAGCAGAGAACAGUAGCAAGAUGUGCUGCAGUCAGUCUUGCACGCUCUGCUCCUGAGGCAAGUGCCAAGAAGGACAGCCUUAGAACCACAGAGGAGAUAUUUUAGCCUUAAACUAGAGAGGAGAGUCAGAAGCCUUGUGGAGAGAGAAAAUGUUGCCUGUGGGCACUUAGAGAUUCUGGAUUCGMGGUGUUGAGCAUGCUACUCUGCACAAAUACUUCGUGUUGCCUUUGGGCCAGACCAGAACCAGUAACUAAUGUCCCAUUGCCCAGCACAAAGGAAAGAGGGAAAGGAAAAAGAAAGUAGGUGAGGUUUUGUCUUUCCUCCUUCUUUUAUCUGCUCCCUGCAUCUCUGUGGGCUGAUCCCAGAUCCAGAUGGCAUCUUUCUCUUUUAGCAGGCAACACAACUGUCAGCAGUGGUGUCAAGUGGUGCUUCUUUGAGGGAAGGGUUUUGACUUCUCUGUCAU